CAGUCCGGGCGGAGAAGGAAAAGGGCAGGAGGGGAGGAGAGAACAGAGGAAAGGCUGGAUUCAGCGCAGAGCGUUUUUAAUCCGAAGAUUCCCCACGGGGCAUUCAGGCAUCCGACUUCGAUUGGAAUUCACCACCGGAGAGCGUUUGCGAGUUUAUGGAUGGUGGAAAUCUGGAUCCGUCUAUGAACAGUUUUAAAUCCGUGACUGGUAUUUUUCCAUGUUUUAUUCUCAGCGGUGUGAGUGCUGGGCGAAGCUGAAUUAGGCAGCCGCCAUGGCCAGCGGAUCAUGGAGCAUGGAGCUCGUCGGGUUUUACCAGAGCUAGCUAGCUUCGCUUGGGAAACAUACCUCAGAUAAUUUAACGUCACAAUAUAGUUCAGGACAAACUCGGUGUUUCUCUGUUAUUUUUUAUAUUUUUAUUUUUUUUGGAAUAAUUUUAGCUCACAAUCCUGUGGUGUAUGCUCGUACAGCUUGCUGCUACGAAGCUAGCUAACUGGCUAAUACGGACAGGACGGUUUUUUCCGUUAUUUUUUGAAUGUUCUUAUAUUUUCCUGCUUGUUACGUGACAUAAUUCCUGACAAAUAUUAACUGUGAAUAAGAUAAUAAAAAAACACAAAAGAGGAAAUAAGCUCUGAGCAGUAAAGCCUCUUCACAGUCAGGAGGAAUUUAGCUGAGCAGCACAGAAGCAUAAGAGACAGAGAGAGAGAGGACAAGGCGCAGUCAUUGCGCUGAUACCGAGCUCUUCUGUGCUUAAAGAUUUCAACCAUCAUCAGGAAAGAAGAUUAAGGAACGACAUCGGUUAAAAAAAUAAUAAUAAUUAAAUAAAAGAUGUCUGGUCGGCCAAGAACCACGUCGUUUGCAGAAAGCUGCAAACCCGCCGUGCCGCAGCCUUCAGCUUUCGGCAACAUGAAAGUCAGCAGGGAUAAGGAUGGCAGUAAGGUAACGACUGUCGGAGCGACCCCUGGCCAAGGUCCUGAUCGGCCUCAGGAGGUCAGCUACACGGACACUAAGGUCAUUGGCAACGGCUCAUUCGGUGUGGUUUACCAGGCCAAGCUGUGCGACACUGGAGAGUUGGUGGCCAUCAAGAAAGUCCUGCAAGACAAGAGGUUUAAGAAUCGUGAGCUGCAGAUCAUGAGGAAGCUGGACCACUGCAACAUCGUACGCCUCCGCUACUUCUUCUACUCCAGCGGGGAUAAGAAGGAUGAGGUGUAUCUGAACUUAGUUCUGGACUACGUCCCAGAGACGGUGUACCGAGUGUCCCGGCACUACAGCCGAGCUAAGCAGAUCCUCCCCAUGAUCUACGUGAAGCUGUACAUGUACCAGUUGUUCCGGAGCUUGGCGUACAUUCACUCCUUUGGUAUCUGCCAUCGGGACAUCAAGCCCCAGAACCUGCUGCUGGACCCAGAGACUGCCGUGCUCAAGCUCUGUGACUUUGGCAGUGCUAAGCAGCUGGUACGUGGUGAACCCAACGUCUCCUACAUCUGCUCUCGUUACUACCGAGCCCCAGAGCUCAUCUUCGGAGCUACAGAUUACACCUCCAGCAUAGAUGUGUGGUCGGCUGGAUGCGUGUUAGCGGAGCUGCUGCUUGGACAGCCCAUCUUCCCUGGCGACAGUGGAGUGGACCAACUAGUCGAAAUUAUCAAGGUGUUGGGGACUCCCACGCGUGAGCAGAUUCGAGAGAUGAACCCCAACUACACAGAGUUCAAGUUCCCUCAAAUCAAAGCCCACCCAUGGACUAAGGUGUUUCGGCCGAAGACCCCACCCGAGGCAAUCGCUCUGUGUUCCCGGUUGCUGGAGUACACACCCACGGCACGUCUCACUCCUCUGGAGGCUUGCGCACAUGCCUUCUUUGACGAGCUCCGUGCUCCUGCUCUCAAGCUCCCCAACGGCAGAGAGAGACCCCCGCUCUUCAACUUCACCACACAGGAGUUGUCCAGUAACCCCUCAUUGGCGUCUAUACUCAUCCCCGCACACGUUCGCAACCAACCUGGAGCCUCCUCUCCUUCUAAUGCCUCCUCUACUGCAGAUGCCGGCAGUGGCGAACGUGGCCCAGGCCCCAAUGCCGCCUCUGGAUCCGCCCCAAACCCAUCGACCUGAACACCACCUGCUCCUCGACAGGCCAAUCCCAUGCUGCUGCUCAUUAACCACGCCCACUCCCCCACGACGUCAGGGGCCGGGCUAUGAAAAAGAAAGAAAAAAUAACAACCACAAAAAAAAGCUCAUGAUGAGAUAUGGAUGAACCAACUGAACUUUAUAACCUUCUCUCUCUCUCUUUCUCUCUCUUUCUCUCACCCUCCAAACACCCUUUGUCAUUUUGAUUAUUUUUUAUUGUUGUUUUAUAUUUAUUUAUACUAAAGGACAGGAAGGAUGUCUUUAAAAGCCUCUCGUCAGUCUCGGCUCGGGAAGAAGAGCAACGGACUGUGGAGAAGUUGAGAUGAUUAAUAUAUAUGUGUGUAUACAUGUGUGCUUAUAAAGAGAUACAGAUCUAUAGACAUACGAGUAUGCUACGAGUUCCGCGCGUCUCCUACGAUGAUUAUUUUUUAAAUAGGUUCACAGUAGCCUUGGUUGCUGCUUUUACCGGUAGGAAAUGCCGACAAGCCCCCCCACUGUGUGGCCCUUCGACCCCAGACCCGUGAGAACAAAAUACGAGGCUGCGUAUCUGCGCUUCUCAAUAGAAAACAGCGUUGGUGCGCCUUAGAUUGAAGUUUUUUUAGCUUGUGGAUAAACAUUUUGGUUUAGCGCUGAUCUGAGGCCAGUGUCUGUGUGCUGAAAAAGGAUCAGCAUGCUCUUGUUUAUUAAGAGAGCAGACCCGAUCCUUGAACAGAGAUGUUUCGCUGGAGGUUAGGUCACAGUAAAUUUUAGGUAUCGAAUUGGAUUAGAUGCCUGAUCCCAGAUCAUCUUUUUAAAGGGCUACUUCCUCCACCUGGAAUGUGUCGGGCAAGAGCAGAAUCCCUAGGCUUCGUAUGUAGUGGCUUCUUGUGAACGAUCUUGUGUAUAAUGUAGCUUUUUUUACCCCCCUUCCCCUCACCUAUAUGUAUGCUGCUUUACUCAUUUAUUAUCUACAUUGUUUUUUUUUUCUCUUUGAAGGAGUAUAAGCCGUGUUGUUUUUCUUCUCCUCCACAUGCUAGUCUUCCCAUCGUUUACUCUGUACAGUCUCCCUGAAACGCUUGUAUGUGCUAAUUGCAUACAAAAUCCAGGUUCAUCAUGUAUGUACAGUAUGUAUGUAUGUGUGGGUGUGUGUAUGUAUGUGCGUGUAUGGGCACGCAUGCUGUAUAUCUACUGUAUUUAAAAGAUCAAGGGCAGAUGUGAAAUUGUUUUAAUCGUGAACUAUGGAUGAGCUACUUCCCUAGCCGUAGAGUUCAAAAUGGCAAAAAAGAGAACUGUAGAGGAUGCAGCUGUUUAGUGUUUAAUAGUUUUGGAGUGCCUUUGCUUUCAUGGAUUUUUCUUUCCGUGGGUUGUUUUUUUUUUUUUUUUUUUUUUUUUUUUUUUUUUUUCCUGUUUUGUGUCUAACCUGGCCAUUCCCAACCCUGGACCGGGUUUUAUACUUUAUUUUAUAUAUAAAAAAAGUACAAUGACUGAUUCAGGCAAAAUAGCAUCAAGUUCAAUUUAUGUUCGCAUUAGUAGCCAGCGUUUGUUGUAUAGAAACUUGUAUGAUGCUGAUUCGACACGAAUUGCAAUGGCUGUAACCCCAGAGCGUGAAACUGACCGAAGCUGGUCCUUUGCUGCUGAUCUGGGACCAGUUAGCUGGUCCUAAAUCAAAAAGCGCAUGGCUGAAUUUUUACCCCUCCGAGUCGAGUAGACCUCCCUCGAGUGCUGUUGGAAAGUCCUCUAGUUCUUACAUUGUUGCCGCCUGGGUCAUUGUUAAAGUUUUGGGCCAAUGACGUAACAAGCAUCAUAUGCUGACUCUAAUAACAAUCAGGAUUUAUAAGUUUAUGUGCUAAUCGGGUUAUGAAGCAUGACUUCAGUUUAGUUUGGCUACAACAUAAAGGAUCAGUUCCAUAAAAAAUAAUAAGAGCUUGGACAUUCUUUGUUUUUUUUUUUCCACUUAAAUUUCAGUACAGUUCAUCCCUCAAGCUUGUAGGAGGAGAUUCCUAAGGGGUUGAAUGCUUUCGUAUAUGAUUCCAGUUAUUCAAAAUGGCUGUCACUACAAAAUACAUUUUAUAUAUGAAAGUAAUCCAUGUUGCAUCUAUAACAUCAGCAGUACUGUGUGACUUUACAAGCGCCCAGUUUAAGGCUGAUACUUACAGGAUUUUUAUUUGGUGACACAGGGUUCUGUAUUACAUUAUCCGUGCAGCCUAAGCAAAUAUGAGACGCUGAACUUCUUGGCUUGUGAUGCUGGAAAAUUGUGCACAAUUUGCUGUUGUUCCAAACUAUUCCUUUAUUUCAAGCCAUGCUAAACUGGGUCUCUUUUUUCAUAAUCCAUGCCUUUUGAUAUUUUUAAUUGUAUUCAUCAGGAUGCAAACGGAUUAAAUUUGAGCCUAGAUCAGCACGUCGUUUUCAUUACAUGUAGUGUUUCCUAUUUAGUGCUGAUCUGUGGUCAGAUUCCAUUUCCUGUGACUCUCUGCACUGACACCGAGGCUGCUUCCUAACCCAAGAGCUCGCUAAACGACGGAAAGAAAAGGAUCUUGUUUAUUAUUAUUAUUAUUAUUAUUAUUAAUAUCUCCCUUUUUCAAUGGUGCUCAUAUGUUACUUUCCCUUUUUCCUUCAGCGUGGUUUUAUUAGAGACUUAAAGGUGACAGAACGAGGCUUUAGCUGUAAUAAGAACUGUUUUAAUGAGAACGUUUUAACUGUUUCGCAGUUUUUUUGUUUGUUUGUUUAGUAUAUAUUUACCCACUAACCAGUAAGAAAGGGAUGUGAUAUAUGAUGUAAAAUGUCAUGGUCUGCAGUAUUACCUAAUCAACUCAAUGGCAAUAAGUAUUAAACAAGUGGAUGUUGGGAUUUUAUUUUAUUUUUUUAUAUUGUUCUUAUUAAUUUUGUUUACAAUGCUCUAACAUGCGCUUUCAGCAGCACCCAGUCAAAAGGGAGUGAUGUCAUGUAGCACUAAAUACAUAACAAAAAAAAGAAAAGAAAAAAAAAUCACAUUUAAGAGUAUGUAAAUGCUUUCUUGCCUGUAAAAUCUACAGCCAUAAAUGUUGCUUACUUAAUGACUACAGAACUGAUCACGUUUCUAGUGAUGUUUGUGUCUCAGAACCUGUACAGGUUGGAUGAAAAUGCUAAAAUAAAAAAAUAAAAAAGGCUAAUAAAAAAA